UUCCAGUGCUGUCAUGCGUCAAUUGAUAUGCUUAUUACCGGUGUUUUGGUCGUGUUUUUGGAUGUAAUUGGUUUGUGCUUAUUAGUAUGAUAUUUUGAAAUUUUUAUCAUCAGUCACUGUUGGACCAAGGCCGCCUAAUUCAUUUUGUUGAUUUGUUGGACAACUUUUGCCCAUAUUGGCCUUGCAUGGAGAUGGACUGCUGAUGCCAACACGAGACGCCCGAUUCGUUUGAUUUGGCACUGAACAUCCCCGCCGGUGGUGUGUACGGCAUGUCGGAGCAGACGUACCAGCCGCCGAGUCUGGGUGACGAGGAGUUCGACCUGCCGUCGCUGAUGUCGGACCACGGCAGCCAGCAGCAGCAGCAGGGUCUCUACUCCUCUUCACUACAGAUGUCGAUGCCGAUGACGUCCACGGUGGAGACGAUGACGUCUGUGGGGUACCACCCGCACCAGCAGCAUCACCAGCAGCACCACCAGCAGCCUGUCUACUUCCAGGACCGGGACAUGUACCACCAGGGAGCGCCGCAGCAGGCGUCUCCGCAGCAGCAGCAGCAGUUUCAGCAGCCGCAGCAGCAGCAGCACCCGGGGAUGUACAUGCAGCAGCAGCAGCAGCAGCAGCAGCGUUCGCAGCAGCAGCAGCACGACAUGAUGGCGCAGCAGAUGCGUCAGCCUCUGUACCAGGGCGGCGCGCACGGCCUGAUGGGCCCGCCGCAGAGCGGCUCCCCGGGCCAGGUGACCAACUCCCCGGGCCACACCACCAGCGAGGACAGCAGCGACGACUCGGCUCCUCUGGCGCAGUGGAUCCGCACCAAACGACGCUCGCCGGAGCCGGCACCAAUGCCGGCCGUCAGCCUGAAGGCGCCCAAGAAGGCCAAGGCCACCAAAAAGAAGAAACGCGAUCCGAAUGAGCCGCAGAAGCCGGUGUCGGCGUACGCGCUCUUCUUCCGGGACACCCAGGCGGCCAUCAAGGGCCAGAACCCGAACGCCAGCUUUGGCGAGGUCAGCAAGAUCGUGGCCUCCAUGUGGGACGCACUCAACACGGACGACAAGAACGUCUAUAAGAAGAAGACUGAGAACGCCAAGAAGGAGUACCUGAAGGCGCUGGCGGCCUACCGGGCCAGCCUCAUCUCCAAGACCAACAAUGAGGAGGCUGCGGCGGCGGCGGCCGCUCAACAGCAGCAGCAGCAGCAGCAGCAGGCCGGCAUGUUCGCCAACUACGGCGGCUACGGCGGCGCGCAGCCGUACCCGGGCGCCGGCGGAUACGCGCCCGGGCCGUACCAGGGCGGCGCGGCCGCCGGGCCCGCGCAGGCCGGCGGAAUGGCCAAAAAGUCGCCCCUGCUCAGCUCACUGAUGGCAGAAGGACAUCAGCAGCAACAGCAGGACCUGCUGGGCGCGCCGCUGCAGCCGCCGACCCUGUACAGCGCCGGUGGAAUGAUGGGCGCCGGCGGCUACCACGGCGGCCCGCCGCCCGCCUCUCAGCCCAUGCUGCCGCCCGCCUCUCAGCCGCUCUACAUGCACCACCAGAUGCCGGAUCUGGGCAGUCCCCAGCACCACCUGGGCAGCCCGCAGCAGCAGCAGCACCAGCUGGGCAGCCCUCAGCAGCAUCACCAGCUGGGCAGCCCGCAGCAGCAGCAGCACCAGCUGGGCAGCCCGCAGCAGCACCUGUCCCAGUCGCCGCCCGGCCUGUCGGCGGUGCUGUCGCCCCAGCCGCUCGGCUCGCCGCCCAUGGCGCCCGGCCCGGCCGUGCCACAGAUGCAGCAGAUGACGCCUCAGCAGCAGCAGCAGCAGCACCUAGCGCAUCAGCAGCAGCAGCAGCAGCAGCAGAUGGCUCAGCAGCAGAUGACGCCUCAGCAGCAGCAGCAGCAACAGCAGCAGCUUGCACAUCAACAACACAUGAUGAUGAUGCAGCAACAGCAGCAGCAGGAGCUCCAAAGACAACAACAGCAACAAGAGCUACAGCAGCAGCAAGAGCUUCAGCAGCAGCAGCAGCAACAGCAGCAGCAGGAGCUGCAGCAACAACAGGAACUGCAACAGCAACAGCAGCAGCAGCAGCAGCAGAUGGUAUCUCAGCAGCAGAUGCCGCCCCAACAGCAGCAGAUGACCCCUCAGCAGCAGCAGCAGCCGCCUCAGCAGCAGCAGCUGGCGCCUCAGCAGCAGGAGCAGCAGCUGCAGCCGGCGGCGGCGGCCGUCUCCCCGCCGCGGUCGGCCGCGCCGCAGCAGGACUCGCCGCCGGCGGCCGCCGAGGGCGCUGCUCCGGCGGCCAGCCCGGGCCGCUCUGCCGGCUCUCCGGCGGCGCCCCCGGCUGCCGAGCAGACGGUCACCUGCCUGCGCGUGGGCUGCCGGAACCCGCCCGUCAGUAACCCCGAGUGGGAGGACGAGUACUGCAGCAACGAGUGCGUCGUCAAUCACUGCAGGGACGUGUUCAAGAACUGGGUGUCGUCGAACGCCGCCGCCGCGCUGCAGACGCCGCCGGCUCCGGCCGCGCCAGUCAAAUAGCCCGGCCCGCCGACCGCGACACGUACAAACCAGCCAGCAAUAGCGCCUCGCCGGCCGGCCGACCGGCCGACUCACCUAGUCGAGCGGAGCGGGCGCGGCGCGCGCCGGGCCGGCGCCGGCGGGGGAGGGUGUACAUAGAGCGGCUGCGGCCGACCCCGGUCCACCGCACAGAGACCCACCUAUUUAUUGGCGUUGUUUCACAUUGUCAGCGAGCUUGUCGGGCCGCAGAGGGCGGUUAGUGUAGGAGGGCCGCGGACGGGCUGAGAGUGCUAAGGGGAGACGUACCGGUCUGCCAGGGGCGGGAGAGAGCGAGAGAGAGAGAGAGAGAGAGAGAGAGAGAGAGAGAGAGAGAGAGAGAGAGAGAGAGAGAGAGAGAGAGAGAGAGAGAGAGAGAGAGAGAGAGAGAGAGCACAUUCCCGCUGCGUCGCGCCCUGCGCGUUGGUUGUGUGACGCGGCGAUGACCUGUGUCGCCGAGUGUGUUCGCUCAAUGGUCACUGUACCUACUGUUCUGGACGUGAGACAAGAGUCUAGCCGCGCGCGUUGUUGAGAUUGGCUAGCCUGUACACAGCUGUAUAUACCUUGACCCCGUUUUAGCGUGUAAGUGGACAUGAGGUCUGCCUGAGUUUGCAUUUGUUUCAUCAGUGUCCGCUGUGGUUGGGGAGUGGGGGGUUUUAGCGCGAGCUGCGGGAGGGGGCGCCGGUUCGUCUGAGCCGGUGCGCAGCGCUGGUUUUCGUCUGGCUCUCCCAGUCCGGGCUCUGUUCGGUGGCACAGUCCUACCGGCCUACUAUGCGGCUGGUCAUGCCUUUAAACUUCGCCUGUUGUUUCGAUUGCAUGAUGCCCGAUUCUGGAGCGUUUUUAGUUCUGGGUCUACAAUCAGGAUCUGACAGUUUCGAUGCUAUUACGUCAAAGAAAGUUUUAUUUGUAUUUACCGUAGGGCAGUCUCAUUGAAGAAAUGUCUAAACGUCGCUGGUAAGGUGCCACCGAACGGGGCUCGUACGGGAGAGGUGGCCGCUCCGGGCUGCCACUGAGGGUGCGUUCGUGACCGGAUAUGGGACGCUGCGCGGACGUCUGACUUGUUGGCUGCAUUGUUUGGUGUUCUUUUCCGUGUGAGAACGCGUGUAUGUGCAUAUUACUUCAAUAAGAUCAGUCGUCAAGCCA